GAUAGAAAAUGAAAAUAUUCUUUCAAAAAAUUACGAAAAAUGUAAAAAUAAUCGAUUUUUUAAACCUAAUUAUCGUGUUUUUCUAUUAAACUUUUCUAGAAUAGAAUCCGUAAUGCAUUUUUCAACGAUAACUAUACACUCACCUCGUUGAAUACCUCGUCAAUAUUUUAUAAUCCUUGAAAAAUCGAGCUUGAAAUGAGUAUUCAUAAAUUCGGUCACUUGUUACGUCUUCGAAGCUGUUCGAAUGGAAUUCCAUCAAUACGUACAAAUGAGGUAAUCUUUCGUAAACCUAGGCAUUUAUCUACGUUACCGAACAAUUGGGUCCAAGAAUUGGUAUCGAAAUUAGAUACCGAACAACGUCAACAGUUGAUGAUCGCUUUAAAAACCAUAGAAUCAGAAGAGACCAAGGCCGACUUCAGAGGUCAAUUGGCAGCUUAUCGAUGGAGAACGAAACUGGGAAGGCCGAGCAAAGUAGCCGAGUCCAACGAUGUAGAUGCAACUGGUUCUUAUUGUCCAUUACCAGAUGACUGGUUUAUACGUAAAGUUGAGGAAUCUACACCGAAGCCAACACAUCGUCAGCUCUUACAAGUUGGAAUUUACAACGCAGUACCUUUCAUUGGAUUUGGAUUCUUGGAUAAUUCCAUCAUGAUUAUCGGCGGAGACUCGAUCGAGAUGACUUUAGGAUCGUUGAUUACCUUAUCGACAAUGGCAGCUGCAGCACUCGGUAACACAUUCUCAGACAUAAUGGGUAUCGGUUCAGCGUAUUACGUGGAGAAAGCAGCUUCAAAACUGGGAGUAAAACAGCCUGCUCUGUCUCCCAUUCAAAUGAACAUGAGCAAAUCUCGUUUAUUUGCUAAUUUGGGACGAACGAUUGGUGUUACAAUUGGCUGUCUGCUUGGAAUGUUCCCCUUGCUGUUCAAAUCCGACGAUAAAGAUAAAUCCAACGAGAAGAAAUCUGAAAAAUGAUAAGCUUACGAUUAGACUGUAAAAUGCAUUUUUAAUUACGUUUCUGUUACCCUUGUUUUUUUCUCUCAUGACUAUUUGAUAUCGUAUUCUGUGUACCUAAUCUAUAAUAUUUUUUUGUUACCUUUCUCUCGUUUCGUUUUUUUUUUUUUUCAGUUACCUUCGUACUUACUCGUUUUCGUUUCUUUUUGUUUUAACGCUUUUUAAUAUAAUAUUUUGUUAAGUAUUAUCUUCCAAUUUAAUAGUAUUAUUAUUCGCAGAGCGAACACACGAUCAAAUACUUUAAAUCAACGAUACACAAGUACAACGACAAGACGUUUUCGUAUGUAGUAUUUAUUUUAUACAUUCGUUUCUGUGAUUAGUGGUGUAAAAAUAUACUAGAAUGUAGUAGUGUUAUAGGGUAUUUAUAUAAAACAUGCCUCGGAUGUAUUUCAAGAAUAAUAGUAUUUUCAAAAUUAUAAAAUAUAUACACUAAAAUAUAGUAAAACGUUGUAACUUUCAAAACAUAUGCGAUCGUAGGAAAAAAAAAUACAUAUUACUGUACAAUGUACAUUCCAUUA